AUGGAAGAUAUUGAAGAUCAGUGGAGUAACCUGAGGCUUACGGAGGAAGAAGAAGAAGUUAUUGAGUUCCCUCAGGGAAGUGAAGAUGAAAUAUAUCGUAAGGGAGAAAGAAGUCUUAUUGAAAAAAUAUGCUCAGACCGUGUGGUGGGAAAGGAAGUUAUAACAAGUGCAAUGGGGAAAAUUUGGAGAAUAAGUAAACGUGCUAUGUUCCAAGAGGUUGGGAAAAAUGUAUUCGUCAUUACGUUUGCCAACCAUGCUGAUAGACAGAGGAUUCUGGACAGAAAACCGUGGCUCUUUGCAAACGUAUUAUUUUUUAUAAUGCCUUACGAUGGAAACUUACAACCAGGGAAGACGCAUCCAGACAAAGAAGCGUUUUGGCUACAAAUACAUAACUUGCCAUUAGGAUUCAUGACGGAAGAUUGGGGAAGGCGUACAGGAGAAUCAGUAGGGAAUGUAUUAGAUAUAGAUGCAGAUGAGGAUGGAGUAGGAUGGGCAAAUGCUUAA